UUGUAUAAAGCUGUGUGGACGGAUACGCCGGAAUCCUGUCAAAAUCUGUCGUCAGUGGCUGCCAAACUCGAUUAUUCAGGUCGCCUCGUCUACCUCAGAUUGAUACUCGUAAGAUGUCGAACGAAACGGCGCAUGACGAAGCGUACAUUUUGGGGAGGAGCUUUUCGGCCAAUGCCCGGCUCAACCUGCAAUAUUUCCUUUGGAAAGACGGCGGAUUUAGUCUCCAUCCUAACAUUCCAGCGGACCGCGAAGGGAUGCAGGUCGCGGAGAUAGGAGUGGGCACCGGGUACGGUUUCAUCUAAAGUUUCCCCCUCACCCUAUGUGCCCUUCCUGUCAGCCAUGCAGGCCAAAUGCAUGUCGUUCACACCAUAUCCUUUUCUAUGCAGGAUCUGGCUCGUGGACCUGGCGCGAUAUCUCCCGGCUUCGGCAAGGAUCGACGGCUUCGAUAUCGACUUGACGCAGUGUCCACCCAAGGAAUGGUUACCACCCAACGUGUCGGUUCACAACCUCGACUGCUUGGCACCGCUGCCAGACCGCCUCGUUGGGAGGUAUGACAUUGUCCACAUCCAACUGUUUCAUCUAGCUGUGAACAGCAACGAUCCCGCUCCGAUCAUCAAAAACCUUGUCAAGCUGUUGAAGCCCGGCGGGUGGAUCUCCUGGGGGGAGAUUGAUUACAGCAGGUGGAAGAUAGUUCGAACCAAGGAGGGAAAGAACACCACCGACAACCUAACCCCAUUGCUCGAGAUGAUAGGUACAUUGGGUGGGACGAAGCCAAACUGGACAACUGAUGAUUGGCCAGUCAGACUCCCUGAAUUCUUCGAGCAGAAUGGCUUGGUGAACAUUACCACCGAUAAUCGUCCGUUUCCUCUGGAGCUCUUGCCGUUUCAGCUGGACACAGCAUUGAUGGCUUCGGAGGAAGUGAGCUACAAGGCUUUGGAUCACAUUGCGGGAGACCUAGGCAGCUGCUGCAGAGAACUGAUCACCCGAGUAUUUCGGGACAGGCAGAAGUUGGCGUACAAUGUCGGGCGGCUCACUGUUAUUGGACAAAGGCCAGAUAAUUGAGUCUGUGCCAUAGCAGAGAUGUUCAGGGGACUUUGAUUCCAACUAUGUA